UAUACUGUAACUCUUCAUUGAUGAUGACUGAUUUUGGCUAACUUGUCAGUUAUCAUUAGUGUUUUCAGCUUGUACACAGCAUGUGGCAUACCAAGGCCCCAGCCGAGCUCAGAUGUUUGUCCUCCUUCUGUGCACUUAAAGUGUUGUCACUUUCCCUUCCUGAGGUGCGGAGUAACUUUCAAGCCUCCAGACAUACAUGUCUCCAUCUGAAAAUAGCUCAAACCGCAGGGCUUGAGCUUUGGAGCAAGGGGCUUACUUUCUCACCUCUUCUGCCUCCAGAAACAGGCAGCAACUUACCAGUUUAACGCUGAAAAUCUCAGUCCUCCUGGGCUAAAGGUUGAAGAAAAAGAAAGGGAAGUGGAGCUUGCUUCCUGGCAGCACUGAUGUCUGUCGUGUCUAACGCGCUACCUGGCUCACUCUUAAUGCGUGGACCGUGUGAUUUUAAGACCACACUAGAGGAAGAGUUCUUCAACAUGAAUACAGACAGCGGCGGACGAGCUCACAAGAGCACCACGCUCUCACUCACUCUAACCCCCAUGAAGAGAAUCCAGAGUUCCCCAAACCUGUGUGGUCUUGCAGGCACAGAAUCUCCAGUGACAGAUUCAGAUAUGUGGUGGCAGUACACGACUGGAGAUGCUCUAAGAAAUGGCAACAUGGCCACUUCGUCUUUGGCAGCUAAAGGGUAUAGAAGUGUUAGGCCCAACCUGCAGGAUAAGAAGUCGCCCACACCGGGCCUCACUCCUCACAGAAAGAGCUCUCAGCUGCAUCCUCCUGACUGUAAUCCAGGAACAUUUAGCCUCCAUAAUUAUCCCACACAAUGUCAUGAUGGCCCACUGCUCAUAACACACAACUCAUUCACCAGGGAAGCAAUGUCUGCAAGCUCAGAGCAGAGCUCCAGAGGCAACCAGUUCUCUGACACUGACACCACUGCCUCGGGACAGCCUCUCAGCAAUUUCCCCAGUGUAUGUGGCCCUGAGAAACCUAGCAUACAUCCUUCACCCUUAGAUCACCUUAACUCACACUUCCCGAUUAGGCAGAAAAAGAGACAUGUAGCCUCUCUGUCCAUUUUCAUUACACCACGGAGUCAGGCAGAAGCCAGAUACAAACAGACUCUGUCUCUCAGCCCCCACACUCCACCCAAAAGGAAGGACCCUCUGGAUUCCAGAACAAUCUUUCACCCUUCACUGCCCCCUGCAGACCAACAAGUGGCCUACCCAGGACCAGCAUUACCCUCCUGCUUGCACCCUAACAGGCCACGCUUCUCCACUGACUACACCUGCUCUCAGGCAUCUGAGCACCAUUUACAUCCUCAUUCCUAUGGGCUUGCCUAUUCCAAUUUGGAUCUAUAUCCAGCUCUGAGUGGCUGUUCCUCUCGUGCUCAGAGCGUGUCUUCCAUAGCCAUGCUGGAGGAGCUGAGAACAUGUGGAAUAGACUCAGAGGGAGCUUCUGAGUCCCCUUCACCCACCCACUGCCAGCUGAGCAGUUCCACUGACAACAUGGCGAUAGACAUUGCUAUAGCUAGCACUGCUAAUGGCCAAGGGACUGUAAACGGAAGUGUUGUGACUGCAGGCCUAAAGAGUCACCUCCAGAGACCCUUCUCCCCUUCCACAUACCCUCCUCUUCCCUCUUUCAGCCCUAGUCUUACAGCGAUGCAGCAGGGCCGGAGCACUCCUGCCGAGUCCAUUUCUCCAGUCUAUGCCACUGUGGGUUCAGUGAUGUCUAUGAACUCACCAGAUGAGGAGAGGAUUGGUACAGAGAGGAUUGGUACAGUAGGCAAAGCUUCCCAUUACUCAGGCAUUGGCCCUGUGGAUGAGUCUGGAAUUCCCAUCGCAACCAGGACUACUGUGGACAGACCAAAAGACUGGUACAAGAGUAUGUUCAAGCAGAUUCACAUGGUGCAUAAACCAGAGUUUGAACAUUCUGGUUCCCAUACUGCCAGUCAGCCUACUAUGAAUGACGAGAAGCAUAGUCGAAUUAAUAAUAUCCAGGCACACCCUGCACCUAAGAGCAGUACAUACAAACCCAUAACUAAGAGCAUUUCUGAUAAUGGCACAUGUGGACUCAGAACAUCCAGCUCCGCUUCCCUGCCAACCUCAUCAUCAGCUCAGCCAAUAUCUCACAACCGUAAUAUCCGCCAGAGUGGCAGCAGCACCCCAGACAUAAAUCAGUGGGGACCUCCAGAUAAAAAAGUGGACACCCGCAAAUACAGAGCCGAGCCUAGGAGUAUCUUUGACUACGAGCCAGGGAAAUCUUCUAUUCUAGAUCAAGAGAAAGCAAUGAAUAACUUAACACCAGAAGAGCUAGCUUUAGAGAAUGAACCCUGGUAUAAGUUCUUUGCAGAGCUGGAGUUUGGACGGCCGCCUCCUAAAAAACGUCUGGAUUAUGAUCCGGAGAGUGCGCUCCGAAUCCGUAAUGAGACCUUUCUUUAUCAGCCUUCUGCUGACAGAAGCUUUGACCGGCCCUCAAGUUCUGCCAGUGAUAACAGGACAAGAAGGAAGUCAGAGCCCACAGCUGCCCAGUCUCGACCUCAAAGCUCACUAAGCUCCAACCAGAGCAUCGUAAAACCAUCUGAGAUUCAUGCUGCUCACCUUCCAGAACCAACCAGUACCAGGAACACCCAGAGAAAGCCAAUAAACACCCCUUCCACUUCCUCCUUAUCAAGGUCAAAAGGUGGGGAUAUUAACACACUGCACACAGCACAUUUAAAUGGACAAAAUCCAAGCCUUGAUACCUCAUUUAAAGUAGUGGACAAUGUUACCUCACAGGUUUCGGUAGCCACGUUUCAAAAUGAUGUCCAAAAUGAAGCCACAAUCAUUCUGUCCGCCUCAGAGAAAAUAAAGAAUGGCUGGCAAUCAGAAUCAGAGAGUCUGGAGCUUUCUCCUAAGACUAGAUCUUGGAGUUACGAUGAUCUUCUUUCUGAGGGCCAGGAUAAAGGAAUGGCAAAAUGGCCCAUUGUCUCAUUGACACAGAAUGCAGAAAAAAAUGUUUUUCCUCACAAUGACAAUAUGAAUACAGAGGAAAGCAGAGAGCGCAGCUGGCACUGCUCAGCCAAUACUGCGUCAGGUUUCCUCAAACUGUACAAGAAGAUGCACCACAUCAACCGGCAAGAGCUUAGCAGUUCACAUGUCUGCUCGGUCAAAGCCAGGAUACAGAAUUAUGAGCUUGAGCAGCAGAAGAAAAACUGCUUGAGCAACAACGGUUCCAGCAGUGAGAUACCUCAUGAUAUGGUGCACAAUAGGAUCUCUGAAUUUGAAAGUUUAAUCCAAAAAUCCAAAUCCAUGCCAAACCUGGAAAGUGAUUGCCAGAACACAGGUCCUACCAGGAGGAUUACCAACCAAAAUCGCAGCUACUCCAUUGAGUCCUUGCUAGAUGAAGAGCCACCAGCCAGAAAACCUCCAGAGGGACAACCACAGUACCACAAGAUUCUUGCUAAUGUGCCAGUUCGUAUCCAAGGGUCCAACAAUCACAUGAAAUGCUCUACUGUCCAGCAAGAGCUCUCAGACAGUGACUAUGAUGCUGUUGUAUCUGAUGUUUCUGACUUUAUACAGAUUGAGGGCUCAUCCAACUGCAGUGAGACUGACUUUGACCACUGCUCCCUCACAUCCUCGGAGAGCUUUUGUGGAUCAGGCCGUCAUCAUCGCUACAACAGGCAACUAGUGAGCUCCUGCAAAGGCAUGUGCCCUGCCUCCUUCACACGCUUUACUACCCUAAUUAAACAUGAGAGAGCCAAGAAAGACCAAAGGAAUUGCCGGCAUAUGGAAGAGUCUGACAAUGGCCUCAGCAAACUGGCCUUUCUGGUGAGCCCAGUGCCUUUUCGCAGAAAGAAGAACUCCCACAUACCAAAAUCUAAGCGAUGCAUGUACAGAGCUCUUGACUCAGCCCUGAAGGACAUCUAUGACCAUAUUUGCAUUGAAAAACACAAGGGCAGCCUUCCAGAAAACAGCAUCCUCCACAGGCUGCUGUCAGAGCUGCUACCUGAAGUUCCUGAAAGGAAGUCCUCUCUUCAGACUCUGGACCAAUCCAGUCCAGUCCAGCUUUCCCCUUGUCAUAAUACUGAUAACAUGUACAUCCAGGACCAGCCAGAGUACUCCCAUCUGACCUGCAGUGCCUCCUGCCACUACACAGACAACAACCAGAAGAAUAACACUCCGAGAAGCUCUCAAGAUCAAGACACAUCCAGAGGUUAUUCCUAUCCUGAUGUAGGACGACAAACUCCACAGAGCAGGAGGCCUACACCUGAAGUCAGAGAGAAACUGCCUGCCAAAGCAAUAUACGAUUUCAAGGCACUGACAGCAAAAGAGCUUUCAUUCAAUAAAGAUGAGAUUGUGUACAUCACACGGCAGAUAGAUAAUAACUGGUAUGAAGGAGAACGCCAUGGGAAAGUGGGCAUCUUUCCUAUCUCUUAUGUGGAGAAAAUAUCUCCAUCAGACAGACAUCAGCCUGCAAGGCCUCCUCCUCCCGCCCAGAGUACAGAGAUCGGGGAAGCUGUGGCUCGCUACAACUUCAGCGCUGACACUAAUGUGGAGCUUUCCUUAAGAAAGGGUGAGCAUGUUAUAGUGCUGCGCCAAGUGGACCAGAACUGGUUUACAGGAAAAAUCCCUGGGACAAACAAACAGGGCAUCUUUCCAGUGUCUUAUGUGGACAUCAUCAAGAAAUCACCUAUUAAAAGUCCUAGCCAGUCACCAGGAGUUGCACACAGUUCUGCCAGCGACCGACUGAACAGUAGGCCAUCAUCUGCACACCUCAUGACCUGCUCUCCCUCGUCCACUCCCCGCCAGCAUACUUCCCCCUCGCCCAGCUCCCAGAGAGCAGCUCAUCUGCAGGCAGUGACUGGAGAGUGGCUCGCCCUCACCCUCGGUCUGUCUCCUUCAGGCACUCCUGCCCCUACACCUCCCCCUUUACCCUUUAAUUUCCAGCCAGAUUAUGAAAGGCUGGACUCCCCUGCUGCCACUGCACGGGGUCCUUUCCCUUCCCUCAUGUCCGGCACCCUCACCCCUCCACUCAAAGAGGGUCACUUUGUUCCUAUAAGCUCUCCAAAAUCGUACAUGUCUCCUGAGCCCAGUCCCUCACCUCAGGCCUACCUCACUUCUGCCUCUUUUACCCCAUCCCCCAUUUCCCCCACUUUUGACUCCAGCCCCAAGUGUGGCAGUGUGAUAGAAGUGAAUACAAGUAUCAAGCCUGGUCUGCUUGAGAAAGAGCAACGUUUUUCAGAUGGCUUUGGCUUUGAAAAGUUGGACUCACCAAGAUCUUGCUGCCCAAUUGAUCUGGUUGUGUAUGAGCCUGAUGAACAACCCUCAUCCUUAAAGUUCCCCUUAUCCUCCAGAGAAACUGAGGAGGAUGUAUGUGAAGAGCUUGUGUCCAUCAUCCAGGCCAGCCAGGCAAAUCAUCCCAUUGUGAAGACAUCAGAGUUUUAUAGGCAAGAUCUAACUGCUUCAGAGGAUUUACCCAAACUGUUCAUAGAGGAGGAUCAAAGUGAAGACAGAAGGGCUUAUUCAGACUCACAGUCAUCAAAUACCUUCACUCCAGUCCGCCCGGUUUGUAGUCUGAUGUCAGAUCAUGAGCAGGCUGAAAGUCCCCCUAUGAGUCCAUCAUCCCCUAUCUCUUCACAACCUUUGAUUUCCACAUCCCCUGCAUUUCCCAAGUUCUCCUCCCCCUGCUCCACCCCUCCACUCCCCGGGGUGUCUCAUUCCCCUCCUCCUUCCUCCAAACAGCUUCGCUCCUCGAAGGUCAAGCCUGUGUUAAGGCAUGAUGUUGUGGUUAUCGGUAAGCCCCCCCGUAGUCCUGUGAUGUCUAGGAGGUCCUGUGGAUCACCUGUUAAAGGGCAAAACUAUUCACCGUCCCAUAGGCGUCCAACACAGGAUCCUCUGGAAGGUGGAGAACCGUUUCAGGCCCUGUAUAAUUACAUGCCACGCAAUGAGGAUGAGCUGGAAUUGAAAGAAGGAGACAUUGUCGAUGUGAUGGAGAAAUGUGAUGAUGGCUGGUUUGUGGGAACGUCCAGGAAGACCAAGUUUUUUGGAACCUUCCCUGGAAACUAUGUGAAGAGACUCUAAGCUGAGGUUCUCUCUGUGUUCUUCUGUACACGUCUGCUGAUAUGAAGCCACAAAGAGUAGACAGAGAAUGUCGCCUAUUUGUCCGCAUCAUUAUCUUACCAUCAGCCCAAUACUGCAUGAGAAACGUGUAUGGAAAUUAGUCUCAUUGGUCCUGGAGUGGAUUAUUACACUUUGUACAUUAGCUGAAGGACUGGAAUCCCUCAGUUCUCAAGCAAUCAUAUAUAAAGAUGGAAUUGCAUCAAAGACUUAAAAAGAUGGCUUUUUUGAAUGCCUAUAUUUGUAACAUUAUUUUUCAUUAAAGAAUAUCGGCAUAGCUGCCUUUUAGUAAAGAUGAUGAAUUAAGUAGGAAAGAAGGAAAGAAUUAACAAAGUGCCCUAUUUAUCUUUAUUUAUUGAGAGGCAUAUAUAUUUUUUCUUGUUUUGGGGUACAUUGGAAGGUUUAGAGAAUACAUUAGGAAUGUUUUGGAGACAAAGACGUGCCCCUGCUAAUCUGGACCUGUAGUCUGAUCUAAUCUACAUCUAGAUUGACCAGAAUUGCAGUGUCAUGCUGAAUAGGAUUCCUUACUACUUCUAGCACAUGCACAUACAACAUGAUUCAGUAUAAACACCCUCAGAGUUUCUAUGAUUUCUGUCCCUUCAGACAUUCAUAUAAAUAUCUGAAGGAUUUUCUAAGUGUUUAUCAUAUUUUUAGGCCAGAGAAUGUCCUGUUUUAUACAACCAUGUGCACUGCGUAGCUGUUGUAAUGCUAUCAUUUAACUGAACCACAAUAUUACCUACUGCCUAAUACUAAUUAUUUGAUGCCACGUGAUCAUGCACACUGCAAUCUCUUAUUUAUAACUCAACAUGAUAUAGCUUGUAUGUAAUAUGGCCAUUUUAGUAUGUAUGAAUCUGAGUAAAGUUUCUUAAAAAAUAAAUCUAUUAUUUGAAUUUAUUAGGUAAAAGUGUUAUUCUAUUUCCAAAUGAUAAAAGAUACAUUUUGUUAAAUUAUAAUCGUCAACAUGUGUUUAAAGAUUUUUUGAUUUAAAGAAAUAUUCCAAACCAAGAGAGGAGGGUGGAAUAAACAUAUGCUUCCUCAGAGACAUGUGAAUCCUCCUCUUCUUUUCAAACUGUUACUCAUGGAGCAUCACAGGGUAGCUCAAUACACUUGGAGGAAAGCUCUAUCCGCCCUGUAAUCGAUACAAUAGUGUCGCUCUGAAUUUCAGGAGAGAGACACUAAUGCCAUCUCUUCCACCUUGAGACCUUGGCCAAUUUGAUUCUCAUGACUCCUGCUCACGGAUAGCUAUGGUAUCAUAGGGAGUCGAGUGCUUGAGAACAGGCAAAAGCUUUUCUGUUGCACCACUUAGGAGUCCCCCAAACCUUAUGGUUCAACUUAAGCACAAAAGUCAUUAGAAAUCACUUUCAUUAUUAAGAGUGUUACUUUUAUUUGACGCAUUAUAUUUUGUUGCAGGCUUAUCUGUGUUGUCAUAUAUUAGUUUACCAGCUCCUUCAUAAUGCAUAACAAUCAGUGCACGGAUUCUAAUCAAAUCGAUGUAAAAGUCUCCAAAUUUGUCUAGUGACCUCAUAAAAAUAACAAUGACACUGUUCUAUUGUGGAGAGGAAGACAUUUAGCAUUAAAUUGAGCCAUAGCUUCAUGAUCACUGACCACAACUAGUAUUAAAGUUGCCCAGAAACCACUGCAGUAAUUUGUGUUGGUGUCUUAGUUACAUGAGAACUGUGCGCUUGUUUAAACUAGAUCUCUAGUCUUCCAGAAUUAAGGUAAAGGUGCUGUAAUAGUAUACUCGGUGAAUAACUCUACCCAAUGUCCUUUAUGCAAUUCAGUGUAGAACAUAACACAAGACUGUAUAUCUGUGCAGGAAACGAAGUGUCCAUGUGUUAACUGUGUUAAAGAUGGAAAUAUAUAGAAAAAACUGAAUUCAUGCAGUUAAUUUGACGCUAUGCUUAAACAGACUGUAUGGCAUAAAGAUACAAAUCAAAAGAAUCAGAUGAAUCAAAUCAAUAUAAUUGAAUUAUACAGACUAUCAUUAUUAAAUUUUGUCUUACUGAUAAACUGAACACAAAACAAGUGAUUAAACGUGCAGUAUUUUUCCAUACUGUGAUUAUCUGAUGCUCAGUAAAUUGAAAGGAUCAGUGAUGUAAUUAGAUCAAUGUUCAGAUGUCAAAUAUGUACAUUACAGGCCAAAUGUGUGAAAGCAACACCAGCAAUGUGAAUGUUAAAAAUUUCUUUUACAGGGAAAAGAAAUGUGUAUUAACUUACAGUAGAUCAAAAGCAUUGGCUGAAUGACUGCAGCAACUGUGUACACCUAUUUAAAUGGUUUCAAAUCUAGCAAAUCAGUAUGUUCUUUUUGCUUGAAUGACUCCAGACAUUCUUUUAUGAAGUUUCAUCAUGUAUGUUGCUGGUAUAACAUUUCAAGCCUUUGUAAAUCUUUUCUAAAUUAUUUUUGACAUGUUUUUUUCUCACUGAGUAGUUGGACUGAAGUAUACCUUAGUAAAUGAGAAGUCACAUAAUGUCGGUUAAGAAUUCAUUAAAAAAACACAGCUUGUUUCCACACUUUUGCCCUGUAGUAUACAUGUGUGAAUGUAUAUACUGUAGUAAAAGAGCACAGUAUAUGCGGACAUCCUCCAGAACAUCAAGCCAAUGUUUAUUUUUAUAUUUCUUUCUUGUUUCUCUCUGUGGAACUGUACAUUUAAUAAAUAGUCGCUAAUCUAA